AUGGUGUAUGGGACAAAAGCUAUGAUGCCUAUGGAAUUUGAGCAUAAAACCCUGAGAACAACCAUAGCCUUAGAUAUGACUAUGUCUGCAGCACAACAGGAAAGGCUCCUGCAGCUUAAUGCCUUGGAUGAAAUCAGAAAGUUAGCCUUGCAGCACAAAGAAAUAAUUCAGAAUCAAUGCAUGAAGUGGCAUGACCGCUAUAUAAAAGAAAAAACAUUCAAGCUAGGCGAUUGGGUCCUUCUAUAUGAUUCAAGUUAUAAGGACAACUUGGGAAAAUCACAAACACAUUGGUUAGGGCCUUAUGAGGUGAUUGAAACAUUCUCUAAUGGUGCAGUACGAUUGUCCAUCAUUGAUCUUAUCAAGUUCAAAUUGUUGGUAAAUGGUCAUCGACUGCGCCUCUAUCACGAGCCUCUUUCCAAGGAUGAAUUCCUGUAG